AUGACAGUUUUACCCAUUACACCAAACGCAGAUCAAAUCGACCCCAGCUCUUUGACUUAUAUAUGCCUUGUAGACAGAGUUUCGGUGUCUUCAUUCAAUGAGGGCAUUCUCACCCAUAUCGACGAUGGACACUUGAUUGCCUACAUCUCAUCAGAUCCCAACGCAGAGCAGCAAGUGUUACUACUUAAAUUCUACAAUUACUACGAUGAAGAAAGGGCAGCAAUUGUCCUUGUAUCUCGAUCAAAGGCAUGGCUACAGGAUGAACGCACGUUGAUAUUUCCUCGAAUGGAGGGUGGCUUAUGGAGGGUUAAUUGCAGCGACUCCGAAGAGCUUACUUUUACAGAGCUACAAGACGUCCUCACCUACUUUAUCAAGUACGAAAAUCGACAUCAAAUGAAAAACACAUUAGCCAUGGUCAACCCCGUUUCAUGCCAGGUCACUCAGGUGGUCGCUGAUAACGUUCAAUUGGAUCGCACAGAGUCUGAGAGUAUUCUGGAUGAGGAAGACUUUAUCUCUUCGCAUGAAGAUGAAAAGGGUCAAAAAUUGCCAGUUUACAUUAAUAAAUCAAGCUCGCAGGAGUCAUUGGAUCCGUCCAAAGUGAGAAAAGUCAGACUACUUUAUCAGUCAGGCAAUGCCAUGGUAACUGGAUCAGAUUGGAUCGCUCAUGCGUUGGUCUUGACUGGCCAAGCGCUUGCACAAGGAAUUGCCAGUGGCGGAAAAAUGCUCGAAGACAAAAUUGAGCCCAACAAGGAACCGAUCAAACUAAGCGAACAAGAGCGAAGAGUAUUUGAGAUUGCUUACAACACAACAAGCACAGCCACCAGCAUGGCAGCAGGCCUUGUAGAUAUAGCAGUAUCUACCGCAGUUAGUAAGAUCAACGCACUCGUUUACGACGAUCAGCAAAUGCAAGCAAGAGAACCCAUUGAAAAUGCGUCGCACCACUUUGGCAUCUCUGCAUUGCAAGCAGCCGUCAAGAUUGCAGGAGGAGUCGCAUCAGCAGCUUCCUUGGUAUUGGUGUCCUCUCGAGAUAGUAUUAUACAGAUGAUUCAUAAAAAGUACGGCACAGAUGCUGGCUAUAUGGCGGAAAAGACGAUUGGCAGUGGCGCCAAUGUGGCAGAAAUGUUGAUCUACUUUGAUUCUCGAGGUAUCUCAAGAAGAGUAAUUGUAGGCGGUGCUACUAAAUAUGACAAGCAACACAAGGCAUCUCAGGUGUUCUCUUCUUCUACAACGUCCUCCGGCAACGUUUCUACUACGACUACACCAAAAGAGUUGACCAAUUACAAGGAGGAGGAUGGAAAUCAUGUCGUGUUUGAGAACGAAUGGCUCAACGAUACAGACAAUAUUGCUGAUGAUGCUAUGUCAUCGAAGGAUACUAGCGUUCAGGGCAGCAGUACGAGCGACAAGACGAUGAAGAAGGCUUGCAGUAACCUGAUUACCAUUUAA